GUUGUUGUUUUGCCCACAAACUCUUUCAUUUCUGCAGAUUUUUACAGUUAAAUAUGAUGAAUAGCUAACGCUGAAAGCCUUAUGUAAAGUUGUGUUAGGUGAAGUAAUGCAGAGUGCGGAGUAAACUGCACCUAACUGAUGUGAAUAGCUCUCUCAUGACCUAAUUCUGGUAGUCUGGGUUACACAGCGAUCUGAGAGAGAGGAGGAUAUAUUUAGUGAAUAAAAAAAAAAAACAUAUUUAAAAAAAAAGAUGAUACAGGAUACUGUAGCACAGGAAUUAUGUGCCAUUAAGUAAGCGAUGACAUGUGUCACACACCUUCAUGUUGAAACAUUUAAGGCAAUGAGCCAAUUAACCAGCAUUUAUAAAGGGGAGGAGUGGAAAAUGAGAGGCUGAAAGAGGGAGGGAGUCAUACUGUAGGACUUGGUUGGCUGUUGGGAUGUCUCUAGAGGUGUAGCAUGUAUUUAAAAAGACUUAGAGAGAAAGGAAGAGAGGCUAUCAGAGAUGGAAAAAGUUGACUGACGAGUUAGAGGAAAUGGGGAUCUCUCAUCAGACCAAAAAACCCUCAACCAGAAGGCCGGGAAGCUGCAAAACCACGACCCACGCGCCUCGACGAGGUCACGUGGCGCUGAAUCGCACCACGCCCGUGAGGACCGUGCACAUCCGACCACUGCCCACGCGGAGCACGCUCUCACGCAAACAGCACGCUCAUACCGCGCAGACACGCAAGGCGCAUACGCAUCUGACGCAGACGCACAGGGCGAGCACACAGUCCGCACACUGCUGCCCGACGCAGCCGUAUGAGCAGUACACAGCACACAGCGAUCACUCAGGCUGCACCUUCUACUGCUAUUUCUGCUACUGCUGUUACUGCUGCUGCCUCACGUUGCUCUCUUUCUCUCUCCUCCUCCUCCUGUCUCCACCUCCCAACGCUCCUCCUCCUUCUGCCUCCUUCUCCACUUUGCCCUCAAAUACCUCCCUUCCUCCUUCCUCUUCCUCCCUCUCUCGAUCAUCAACUUCCUGUUUGGAUGAACUUUCCUGUAUCUAUCCUGACGUCAACCUGACUUCUUCUUACUGCCCUGUGCCACCUUGUCUCAUCUCUGAUGAUUCUUUCCCUCUCUUCUACGUCUCAUCUCCUGACCUCACCACUUCUGACCAACUCACCUCCUCCUGCCACGGCUCCUCUCCUACAUCUACUUCUUCAUCCUCUUCCGUGCCCUCUGACUCCUUCUUCCCUCCUCAUCAUCCUGUCCUCUGCCGGCCGUGGCCUUCUUCGCGCUCUCUUUCCUCCCUGCUCCUCUGCCCUCCCAGCUUUGGGGAUCCAGUCUUAUCCUAUGCAUCCACUUUGGAGCACAUCCCCUCUGGGCCGGCCCGGCCUCGGACGCUGCUGCGCCAGCAGAGCCUUCAGCAGCCUCUCAUCCACCCACCUGGCCCCGUUCUCGGUCAUCCCCCUACCACAUCCCAGAGUUUGGGACAAUUACACACUGCGCCUGGACAGCCUGGGGGAGGCGGGGGUGCUGGGAGAGGAGGAGGGGGAGGUGGCAGCAGUGGUGAGGGUGGGGGUGCAGGUACACGAGGUGGUCCCCGGGGUGUACGGGGCAGCCCGGCAGGAGCAGGUGCCUCUCGCUAUAGGGGAGGUGGAGCAGGAGGGCGCUCACGUGCCAAUCCUGGCAGCUGGGAUUACAUGAUGGACCAGAUGCGGAAUCGCGGCCUGGAUGUCAAAUCCUUCCUUGAAGGGAAGAUGGUGGUCCUGGCUUUGGCCAUUGGUGUGGCUGAGCAAGAUGACUUUGCCAAUAUCCCUGACCUGCAGGAAACAGCACAGGCAACACUACCAGCCAAUCAGGACCCCCCUCCUGAGAAGAGGGGCAACAAGCCAGCUAACAGCCCUAAGGGCCAACCCCCUGAUGCUGACGGCCACUCCUCCGUAACUGACCUGGCCAACUCUCUCACUGGAGAUAUGGUGAUGCUGUCUCCAGGUUCGGAGGAUGAUGAUGGGGAAGGGCCUAUCAGUGAGAAGCUGGGCCGGAUCCAGUUCAGCAUAGGCUACAGCUUCCAGAACACGACCCUCACCGUUAAAGUGCUCAGGGGGCAGGAGCUCCCAGCCAAGGACUUCUCUGGGACCUCCGACCCGUUUGUCAAAAUAUACCUGCUGCCUGACAAAAAGCACAAGCUGGAGACCAAGGUCAAGAGGAAGAACCUCAACCCACACUGGAAUGAAACCUUCCUGUUUGAGGGCUUCCCUUAUGAGAAAGUGAGAGAGCGCACUCUAUACCUUCAGGUCUUGGACUAUGACCGCUUCAGCAGGAAUGACCCCAUUGGAGAGGUGUCAAUCCCCCUUAACAAGGUGGAACUGGGCCAGAUAAAGACCUUCUGGAAGGAGCUGAAACCCUGCAGUGAUGGCAGUGGGAGACGAGGAGACCUGCUGGUGUCUCUCUGCUAUAAUCCCACUGCCAACACCAUCACUGUGAACAUCAUCAAAGCACGCAAUCUCAAAGCCAUGGAUAUCGGGGGCACCUCAGAUCCAUAUGUGAAGGUGUGGCUGAUGCACAAGGACAGGCGUGUAGAGAAGAAGAAGACAGUGACGAUGAAGCGCUGUCUGAACCCCGUCUUCAAUGAGUCCUUCCCCUUCGACGUGCCCGCCCAUGUGCUAAGGGAGACCACCAUCAUCAUCACCGUCAUGGACAAGGACAGGCUCAGCCGCAACGACGUUAUCGGCAAGAUCUACCUAUCGUGGAAGAGUGGACCAGCGGAGGUGAAGCACUGGAAAGACAUGCUCGCUCGGCCGCGUACUAACGUCGCCCAGUGGCACGCUCUCAAGGCCUGAUCGCACCACCCAGCUCCCUCCAUGGCCCAUUCCCAUCUCCCGUUCUCCACCCCCUCCCACACUCCCUCCCCUCCUCCCCACUCCCGUCCUUAUGCACAAGACUGACUUGCUGCCAGGCUGCGAAACACGGGUACAAUUAGCCAUCUGCUCUCUUAAACCUUUAAACUCUUUUCUUUUUCAAAAAUCUCUAUUCCUCUCUGACUCUUCUCUCUUCUUCUAUUCCCCUCCUCUUCAUACAGCUGUGUCUUAAUUUCUGUGUCUCCCCCACCCCACCCCUCUCACUUUGCCAAUGGUCCCCCUGUUUCUGACUGUCUGUAUGUCUGUCUGUCCUUAUGCACUUUGCCUGUGGAGGUCUGAUGUUCGGUUUCUUUGUCGACCCCUUGGUUCUGAACUGCACUGCAGCCCCUGACCCAUUUAAGGUGCCAGUCCCGUGGGAUCACAGAGAAUCUUAAGUAACAAUCUAAUCUCAUAUAAUCCUAUUGUAUGACUAUUCCAGGUACACAAUACUAUACAGUAUGUACUGUAUGUACAUGUACAUAUUAAUAUAUUAGGCGUAUAGAUUGGCAGAUCCCCCCCUAUACACAUGACUAGUAUACAGUAUGUUAUCCAUAGCCUGACUGCCGUUUCCCAUCUCUCCUGUCUCUUCAUUUGUCGCUUCGUCCUUUUCAUCUGUCUCAAGUGUAUUAUAUCCUCUUUCCAUUCCAGUCCUCUCUCCUUUGACUCAAAAGAGGUUUAAUGUUCAGCUGAAGUUGUUGAAGCGAUCAAUAUUCGGUUUGUGAUGAAACCAGCUGAAGUCAAGAUGAAAUCGUUGAUACUCUCUCCAUCCUCUUUUUUCUUCUCUAUGCUCUUCUUCUUCUUUAUCUUUUUAUUUUAUUUAUUUUACCCCGUAUUGUUCCCUCUUUCUCUUCUUCUGGCACAAUAUUAGUGAAUCCCUCUACUUCCCCGACCAACACUUUCUGGACCUUCCUCUGCCCCCCUCCUCUUGUCGUCUGUGUGCUGUGGGUGCUGUGCUGUAGCUCCAACAAAAAUAGAAAUUAAAAAAAAAAAAAAUUAUAAAAUAAAUAAAUAAACAAACUGAACUUUCCGUAAGCUGGGAAAGCGGGAACACAAGAAACUUGUGAAAAUGGAUCGCUCCUGAUUUUUCCAGACAAAAAGCCCUGAAAUGGAGAGAGAAAAAAGAAGAUGAAAAAAAAAAACAUACCAAAAAAAAAAAAAAAAAAAAAAUCCCCCAUGAUACGAUGAUGUCAUUUUUUCACAGCAUCACCAACUGAGGAAAACAAUUUAAAAUCUUCUUCCAAUGUUAAGAUGAAAACAGAAAGUUUGCGCUGUUUGUGCACAUGCAUUCGGUCGUGUAUGCAAACUGUGUCUGUUUAUUGAUGCUAUGAAUUCUUUGUGCUGCCCUGUGCCCUUUGUUUUGCGCUGGUGUCGAUCUCCACCAGUUGUGACUGUAUGUAUGGAGUGCUGCGUUGAUGUGUGUGUGUGUGUGUGUUCACAGGAGCAACACAAUUCAGACUCGGCAGAAAUCUUCUUCUCUUUUCUCUUUCUCAUCUUGCGCUCUUCUUGCUCUUCUUACUGCCAUUGUUUCCCCAUCCCCCUUUACUGCCCUGCCUUCUGAACGAGGGCAUGGGGAAGUUCUAUCUGCACUUUUUGAAAAUGUAAUGACAACAAUAAUGAUGAUGAUUAUAGUACUGGUGAAAAUUAAGGGAGGAGUAUCUGAAAGGGUGAGCAGCAGUUGGGGAGAGGAGACGUCUUCUUUGUGGUUUCAGGGUUUGGAGAUGAAGUGGAGGACACAGAGGAUGGAUGUAGGGCUCUCACCCUCCUCUUUAUGUUCCUCUUUUUUCCCCUCAGUGUAUCUAUGUGUGUGUGUGUUUGUGUUUGUAUGUCAGCUACAAGACUCCUGGUGGCAGGCUGCUAGUGAAAUCAGGCGUGGAUGGAGAGAUCAGGCUUGUCACAUGGAGGCCGGCCAACACGACAGCGCUAUAACACAAUAUGUUGAUCAGCAGCGAGCUCUAACAAAGAGUCCAGACGCUGAACAACAGGUGCAUAUCUGGAAACAGUAAGACAGAUGUGCAUUGUGGCUUUAACACUGAUAACAAGGCUGAGUUUUUGUUGUUGUUCACAGAGAGGCCUGUGUAUCACAGACAGUGGGUGUGAUAUUAGAUGAUGGUCUGAUCUGCCACAGUGAGAUACUGUAGAAGCAGAUCAGACAUUAUCUCUUCCCUGAGUGCUUGAGAGCACCACACAGUGUGCUGGUAGCUGCCCCGCUUGUCGGGCGCAUUCAUUCAGCUCAGCUCGAUAUUCCUGUAACGUAAAUAAAGCGACGUGAAUUGUCAGCCAUUAAGAGCUGCUCACACAGACGCUCCCUCAGACUUACUCUCUACUGUAACUUUCUGUCAGUCUGUGUUUUUGCAUUCAAGUCCCGUGAAGCGUAAUUCUGUCAGCUACUCAGGAUUUGUUUUACUGGAGCGCUUUCUAAAUGAUGAUCCACCUUUCAAGCAUCUCUCCGUUUGACUGACUUAGCAAACAAAUUUAAUCACUUGUUUGUUGUUGGGUUGAAGCAUCACUGAUACUGCUAAUGCAGCAGUUUUUCUUCCUUUAACACUGGCCCCAUUAAAAUCCACGCUUAACACGCUGUGGGGCCUGCAGUAGAUUUUAUUUUCCCUUAUCAUAAAAUAUUUCGAUAGUAUCUCACACUUUUCUGCUUAUUUUAAUUUAUGAUUGAGAUAACCUGAUCACCAUGGGAAAGAUUGAAAGAUUAUGUAAUUGUAGUUUAAUCUGUGGCGGUUAGUGCCUCUAAAAGACGGUCUUGGCAACGCACUUCGUACCGCGAGUGUGUUCUGUCUUGGUGCUGGCAUCUGUGCUGCACUGAUCCAGUCCAGCAUCCUUCAGAACAAUUGGCCAGCUGUGGAAAAGGGCCCACUGUUUUGACAGUCACUGCCUGCAGUGUCACAACGUAUUACACUCCCAUUAGGUUGGUCAGAAAGGAGCAAUAUCUGCUUCCUUAGACCUGAGGGACUCGCUAUUUGCACAGGUAAUACUCGCUAAGAAUAAGACAAAACAUAGAGCGCUCCUCUCAUUAAUAUCCAUGAACAUGAUGGACAGAGGCUGGUCAGUCACAAUGAAGAGAAUAAUCAGAACGUGGUUUUAAUGUGCAGGUGUGCAGGUGAUGAGUCAAUACAAUAACUCUGCCAGUUCCUUUCAACAAGGUUACAUGUUGCUCAAGGAGUGAUAAAUUGUUAUGCUACAGGGGUUUAGAAAGCUUAGUCAUCAGUGACCCUGUAAACUGGGGGAUAUGGUUUUAUUUUUAGUAACACGGGGCACAGCGUGAUACGACUCAUCCUCGAAGGUAGGCUGAAGGGCUACAGGGUUAGGCUUUUAAAAAGUUACACUGAGUGCUUUUGAAUACUUCUUUAAAGUAAGUCCCGUGCACACUUCUAUUUUUAGAAGUUCUUAAAUAGGACGCUGACACAACCUUUGGGCAAAGGCAGGAGGUUAGCGAGUUAAAUGAGCAACAAAAUCGAAACAUUUUUCUUCCUUUAAAGCCGCUAGAAUCAGUGUUUUUAUAAGAACAAUAUAUCAAAUGAUAAUGUGCUAAAGGAUUGCUCAUAGUGUUUGUCAAAUAUCCCCUGAAUCUGUAGCUACGCUCACUUUUACAGAGCUACAUAGGGAGUUUCAGCUCAUUUAGCUAUCUAGCCCGCAACUUUACUGUUCUGGAUCUCUCGUGUGUUUUCAGUGAAAAAGCUCUAACAAGCCACUGUAGACACAGCAGGUAGCGACUCGCUCCUGAAAAUAGUGGGCCAGAGCUAAAAUUGAGUGAAUAUUGGACUCACAUUCACCAAGAGACCAGAAACACAACUCCAAAUGAGUGAUAAUGUUGCUCACUAAAUGCUGGAUGUGUAAAUAAGCACCUGUUUGCUUGUUUGUUUGUCACAUCAACCUAAAAUGUGAUGAUAUGUUAGUUAUUACUUUUCUUCUGGCCUUCAACUAAAAGUACAAAAGUAUUUCGGUACGUAUUAAAGUAGUAACCCUUGGCCUUGAUAUGGAAAAUAAAUUUAUUUUGUUGGCCAAGAUAAUCACAGCUGUGCUGAUAUUCAGUAUAACAUCACAACCUUGAGUGUGUUAUUGCUUUUAUACAACAUUUCUAACAAGCGCCAUGUUUUAGUUUACAGUAAAAGGUGACAACAGAUGAUGAUUUGUGUGUUUAUUUAAUCAUUUAUUAAAUGAAAUAGUUUAGAGUUGCAGCUGAACUGGGACUGAACUGUUGCCAGACAAUACAUCAACGUUUUCUUGAACAGUAGCUCACUAGCUUUGAUCUAUAUAUUGGAAUGUUACCGCAGUCUGGUCGACGUUAAUAUUUUUGAGACUUAGCCAAGUCUGAUGGCAGCCUGCAAAGCCUGCGUUACUUCGUUUUUUGCUCUUUUCUAAUUUGUCUAAUGUCGUACGAGCACUCCUGAAGGUUUACACUAAAGUAUCCAGGCUUCUUCCCUUCCCCUAGUCCCUCAUUCUGAGGACCAUUUAUAGUUGUAUAUAGUUAUAGUCCAAUGUUAUUUGUGGAAAAAUUAUCUUUGCAAUGCAUGGUUCGUAACAAUUUGAGGUAGAUAACGACCGUUAAUUAAACAAAUUUAGCACCUGUGAAGCAGAGUGAUACAUGCACUUAAAAGUCCCCUUGACUCUUGUCCAAUCAAAUUACUCAGUCUUAGUACUGUACUGAUGAGUACUACUGUAUCUAUAUAGUAUGUUAUCCUACAUACAAUGUUACGUGUUGUUGGGGAGAUGGCCAUUACCCUAUUAGUCUCUGAGCCCAAACAGAAAGUCUCUAUCUGACUAUUAAACAUCAUCAGUUCAAUCAUGAAGUAUCAAGCUCAUAAAAACAAUGUUAAGUAUGUUUUUUGAGCUGGGUCCCAAACAGAGCAUCAGAGGAAAAACUAAGUGCAAGAUAUACAAAGAUUAAUUCAGCAGGUAUCUUCAUUUAUCAGGAUAAAAAGUGACUAUUUAAGCUCAAGAUCACAAAUUUAACUAUUACCUCUAAAAAUGGCUCCAAAGUGAUUGUUAUAUUGUUCUUUCAUACGAUAACAUUUAAGUUAUUUCCUUUAGGAAUCUUCAGUUUAUCACAGUUAUUCAUCACAGACAAUCUAGAAAGUUACACACUCCAUAAAAUAACCAUCUCUCUCAUCGCUGGCAGUCAAACGGCAGCACCAUUAAAAUGGAUGGUAAGCUCAGAGCCAAACAGUAUAAAGGGGAAAGCAAUUUUCAAAUCCCAGUUUUAUUAUACUGCCACCUGUCUCACACCUCUAAACAUAUUGCCUUUUGUUGGCACCAGCACUGUCAGCAAUGACCUUCAACUACCUUGAGCUUAUGAAUACAGCAUAGCAGUGUUGCAGAUGCUCCCAGUCAAGACUUUUCUCAGACUUACUGUACUCAGCGUAGUUUCUCUCCAUGUGUUCAGCCUCUUUCAUCAGAGCUUCAUUCCCUGGUGAAGCCAACUGGUAGGUUCAGGUGUGGACAGUUACUGUUUGAUUAAAAAAGGUUUAACUCAAGAUGACAUACAUAGUCAACACUGCCCACAACUUUGCUACUGCUCUGACUUUUGAGUUAACUAAAUGAGUCUCAACCAGUGUAUUUACUGUUUCUGUAGUUAUAGCAUAGCCGAUGUGGCAUCAGGGAUAUCAGCCUGUCCAGACUGAAAGAUCUUAUUGGAUUUCAUUUAGUACAAGCAUGCAUGGUCCCCUGACGGUGAGGUUUAAUAUCUUUGGUGAGCCGGAGACUUUUCCUCUCAUGCCAACGUGACAUUUCAGGAAAUGCCUCGACAUCUCCCAGUCGAGAAUUGUCUUAACCACAAGACAGGACCAAACUUCAUGGUGUCCAAGAAAAUAAAAUCACAUGACAUUCCCAUCAGCCUCAACUGAUGUUUAGUCUACUCCGUUUAUAUGAGACAUACAACGGUGAGCUGUAAGUUGAAAUUUCUGAUCAUUUUGCAUCAUCAUCAACAGAUAUUAGGUCUGACCCAAGCUGCAACCUCCCGUACUGGGAAAUUAAGCCAAAGCAGAAGUGAAUGAAUCUCCAUAAGCGCUCAUAUUAAAGUGUCCAACUUCACAGCAGAAAUGAACAUGUUGACAGCCUGGUACAAAACACAGUUUUGGUCUCUAUAGCGAAUGUCCCUGUUCAUGACAACUGUACGGGGGCUUAAAAUUAUGCGUAAUUAACAGUGUGAGAGUGUGAGAGAUGGGAGGUGGAAGAAGCAGUACAUCUAACAUGGCAGCGUCUAGCGCCGCAUAUUUCUGGCUUCAAAACAGCACUUUGGAAGCCUACGGGUGACAUCACUUGUGCUCUGUCCAUUCUUUAUACUGUCAUUGGUCUCACCACGAAACUCAACAGCCUCUCAGAGCCACUGUCAUGCCUGUUGACUGAUCAGUCUGUCCGGCCGGAUACACUGAAGGAGGAGAUGCAUCUCUUGGACUCUCAUCUUCGCUAAGAUGUUUAUUUAUGGGUGUGGCCCCUUCUAAAUUUAUCAUUGCCACCAGCGGCCUUCCCUGCCUCUGUUUACUUUCUAAAUAACUGAAAGCUUUAUUGGCUGUAGGGGUCACAGCUGUUUGCCAAGGGAUUAGCAAGAUAUUCUUCUGAGCCUAAUGAUAUUGUUUGUCCUUGUCAUACUCUCCUUAUUCUGUAUCCUUGAUGGAUAUGGCUUUCUUAAGAUGAGCGUCAAGGACUCACUCCAUUUGGAAAGGUGCCUGCUUUGUUGUAGUUUGUGCAAUAUUAAAUUAAGGGUACACUGUGCUUUAUGAGAGGUGUGUGUGUGUGGAUUGAGGUCGUAGUAAGCUCAUCCUGGAGGGGACUGCAGUUGAUGUUUAAUUCUGCUGAAUCAUAUUAUGAAUGGCUGUGUCGGCCAAGACGUUUUCUUGGUCACCUUUGUUGUUUGUCCAGUCACUUCCCCCCCCUCCACCCCGUGUGAAUCUCACCCUGCGCAGACAGACCUCGCCUCUCCUAACUCGCCCUUUCAAUUGUUUUAAGCAUCUGGUGAAAAACCAAAUGUGACUUCUCCCAAUCAGGGUUAAAGAAAGCAUCGUUUGAAUGGUAACAAAAUGAAUAUGAAAAACAAUAACGAGUAAUAAUAUCUUUUUUCUUUCUGUUCACAUUUGACUGUUGGUCAGUGUGUAUGUCUGUGUGUGCUUGGUGUUCUUGUGUUGGGUUUAUUUCUUUACCAAAACAUGAUAAGAAAAAUCCUUCUGUUUUUGAAAAACUUUAUGUAAAUAUCGUUGGUGAAAAUUAACAUUUGUUGUACGCCAAGUUUUCAUUUGUCACUUGAAAUGAUGAAGAAAACAAUGAUAUUCAUGAAUAACAGUGGUGAUGUUGAUGAUGCUGAAGCUGAUUAUACCUGCCCUUCUUGAAUAAGGGCUUUUGAUGUCCGCUGUAUUUUUGUUGGAGGUGUCGUGAGGUCGGGGCAAGAGAAACAAAAAGGAAGGAGUGAUACCCAACACAUCCCAGGCCCACUGUAGCAACACUGCCACAUACAUUUUACCCCCCUAAACCUCUAUAGGAAAUACACUGAGCGAUGUGUGGCACAAAUUGUAGCCUGUGUCUGUUAUGCCAUAAAACGUUUGUAUUUUUAUUACAAACAUGAAACACAGACAGCUCCUUGGCUGUGUGAAAGCACUGUUCACCUCUCCGUGGAGUCAGUCUGCUCCGGUCGCUUGGCAUCACAUCAUACCCUGUCUGCUUAUAGGCUUGGGGAUUUACUGUAAUGCCAUUGUGUUAGAUGGGAUUGGCCUUGUAUUGCCACCGAUGAUGUCUUCCUCAUUGAAUUUGGAGACGUUAUUGCUCUGCUGGAGGCCGUACAUGGCGAUGGUUCAUGUAUGAAGAAGGGAAUGGAUCCCAAAGUGUAAGGACGUGUCUGUCUGACUCUGUAAAGAUAAUUAACAUGCUUGUGAUUCAGCCUCUUAUUUUGGGUUAGACUCAUGAUUAAGCACAACUGACUGCCGUGAACUAGCCAAAUAAUACGCUUGUCUCCUGCCUAGACAGAUAUUUUGUAAGAAGGAAGAGGAAAGCCCAGGAUUAGUGCGAAAGAGCCAAACUAUAAACAGCUGUGUGAGUUUUAAAUCAUUCAAAAACAGUGAGGGAGAUUGAUAUUUCAAAAUGUCCAAAAUGUGCCCUGUGCCUUCUCAAAGUAUAUAUAUAUAUUCAGCCCACUGCUGCAGCCAAAAAAUAUAAAAAGAAAAAUGCACAGGGCUAUGGUCCAGUUAUUUUCACUGCAGGUGUCAGUACGCCUACUUUCCUGUUUUUAAUAUUUUCAAUAUGCCAUAGCCUUAUGUAUCUGGUUGGCCCGUGUACAGUGCAGGGAUGGAGCUUAUCAGUUUCAUGUUACUUUUAGGACUGUCUCUACCACAGACAUGAUAUGGUACAGCAGAUACUCCCAGCAGCCGUCUGCAGGAAGGACAGUGGAUACAGUCCUGCCUUCAUUUGUAAUACCAUCCUUUAGAGGGACUCCCACAAGGAGUCAGAAAAUACACACACACACACACACACACACACUGUCAUUUGUCGAUGCACUAAAAAUAAAUUCGGACUGUUUUUCCCGAAAUCCAGAACCUUCAGAAUAUGUGUAUUUUUCUUUCCACGCUGGUUGUAAAUAGACUUUGUGAUUCGGUUAGAGCAGCCUCUAACUCCUGCCAUAAUGUGGACAUUUUUAAAUCAGGUAGGUAAUAAGCAAUACACUUAAUUGAUCUAACGUCAUACACUGAAAUCUUACUCGCCUGAGUCUGAUGGUGACUCAUUCGCUUUAAAAGGGAUGUUGAGGGUAACACUCCUGUUUCUUCACCUCCUUUCUCAACUUGCCAUGGCCCACCCUCUUCAACAAAGAGUGCUCUGACUUAAAACACACAAUUGUGAUGUGUACAAUCUAAUUUAAUGUAUUUAUUUAUGUAUUUUUGCCAACUUUGUAUAGUGUAUAAAUAUCUAUAAAUAUAUGAAAAAUGACAGUACUGUAUAGAUUUUAGCUGCCUGGUAAGGUUAAUAGUAUAUACUUGGUAGACUAAAAGAAAAAGUGUAGAGCUGUUCAAAAGCCAGUCAUUGAGAAAAUGCUUUCUGUAAAACCCGGUGCCACUGGCUCUUUUUAUAAUCUAGGUUUCGUUUCUGGUUUAUUUUUUUAUUAUUGCCAGUGGGAUCCAAAGUGUGUGUUGUUUCUUCUUUUCGUCCGUUCGUUAAUUGGUUUGUUUGUUGUUUUUUCUUGACAAGACACAGCGACGUUCUGGCAGCCAGGAGAGUGCAGUGGAACGCAGACUGGGACCCUGUGUAGUAGUGUGUGUGUGUGCGUGUGUGUGUGUGUUAGGUGUGUGUCCGUCCAUGGUAGUGUUAGUGCUCUCUGUGCAGUGCCUCCCUCCUCCCUACCUCCUACUCUCUCUCUCUCUCUGAUGUAGUUUGUCAUG